AUGGACCGUGAAACCUUUAUGCGCGAGCACCCACAAGGCGAUGACUGGUGUCUACCCUCGUUGUUGAAAUCGGUCAAGGAAAUCAUCCAAACCUUAGUACCGCAGCGCGACCGGGACUUCCUAAAUGAGGGACUUAAUGUGGAACUUCUUAUGCAGCAAUUCAACAGGGGUAUUGCAGACCUCGAGAAGUUGGCUUCGUGGCUGUCCAGCGUUCUGAAACUGCAUUGCGCCCCUAUGCGUGAUGAGUGGGUUGAUGAAAUGUAUAACGAGCUGAGCAACGGCAAUCGGAACAACGACAUGGGCGAGCUGGUCAAGGGCAUGCGCAGUCUGUUGAGUGUUUUGGAGGCAAUGAAAUUGGACGUGGCUAAUCAUCAAAUUCGCUGUUUGCGGCCAGUUCUCAUUGAAGACACGGUUCACUUUGAGCAACGAUUUUUCUACAAAAAGAUCACAGCUGGGAAGAUUUCAAUCCGCGAUGCCCGACAGUGGUACAGCGAGGCUGUUCAAUUUCCCUCCAGAAUGUCUGCUCAAAACCUGCAAGCAUUUGGCGAAACAGCCGCCUUUUUCGACGGCUUGACGAGAUUGAUCCUGCCAUCUACCCCGGUAAACUGUGUGCCCAACACAUUCUUAUUCGAUGAAGAGCGCAUUCUCAAACUAAGGUCCGAUAUGCUUGACGCCAUCAAUCUGGAAAUCUGCAUGAGGCUCUAUGAGGACCUUGAGCGAGUUUCUCGUGGAAUCAACCAGGGGCCGCCAUCGUUUGCAGCACCGACUUCUGUGCCAUCUUAUGUCGCCGGCGAACCCAAUUCGCGCCCUGCAAGCUUUGCUUCUAGCGACUGCGGAUCGAAUACAUCAUCUCCUCGAAAUUCAGGAUAUCUAGCUUCGCAGAGUCAAGUCGAUGUUCUUGACGCCAGGGUAAAGGCUCGCAACCUAUACGAGUCUCUGCUUGCACUGCUUCAUACUGCUCCCCCAGCUUCACGCCCUAUCCAGCGAUGGGAAGGUUUGGUACAGUCACUAGCUAUCCAGAUUUUCCGCUUCACCGAUGCACCACAGGAUAUGCUUCCCAAUGUCGAAAGCAAGCUUCAGUCUCAACUCUGCGAUUUCCAGAGUGACCUCUACCGCCAGGUUGAAGAGCACUUCCAAGCAAAGAUGCUCUCGGAAUUAGGGAAGCGAGUUAAGGACUUCAGGAACCUUUCCGGCGUCGGCUUGUUCUCCGUUGCAACUGGCGGACGCAUCCACGGCCCUGGCCGGACAUGGGACGGAGGACGCGAAAGCCAACGUGAGCGGGAGCUACUCGAAAACUCUAUUCGGGAGGCCCGGGAGGAAGGUGGCGUCGAGGACAUGGCCACGCGACUCGCGCAUCUUGGUAUCUUGCAUUGGCGAGUAUGGUCUCAACUGGUGUACCUCGGUGAUCCAAACGUCGACGUAGCCAUUGGCGCUUGA